CUGGGGGUGUGCAUGGUUAACUCAGUGGCCACUUGACGUACUGUUGCCGUCCUUGUCACUCAGACAUCCUAGGAAUUUAACAGCUAACAGAGCGUUAGCGCUGCAUUGUUGGGAAACGAAUAGAAACAUACGUGUGUUACGCAGUUUGCGCUACGGGCCCUCGUUAUUUGUCAUUUAAUAGUAUUCGCAGGGAGGAGAUCGAUAGCGUUUCGCCACUGUGCUGUUGAAGCAUGUGCACGUGAAGAAGAUACUGGAGUCGUGAUCAACUGAACCCUGGUACCCACGCUGCAGAGCAGUGCUGCCUUCUUCUUCAUCCCUUUGACCGUCAUCACACAUGUUCUUACAUGAAGAGAAGCGAGAAACCCGAAGGAUACAGACAGAUGAGACCCAAGACGUUCCCUGUCAGCAGCAACAGCGGCAACAGCCAACUAAUGCUGCAGGAAAUCCGUGAGAGUCUCCGAAACCUUCCCAGGCCCUCGGACCUGGCCAAGGUGGAGAUGGGCAGCUCUGGGAAAAUGCUUCCUGAAGACCCAAGACAACCUGGUCGGUCCGCCAGAAACCCAUACCACAAAGCAUUGCAGGAGAUCCGAAAGUCCCUCAUGCCUUUCGCCAAUGAGCCAUUUAAUCCGGGUGGGACGAGCGAAGUGAACAAUCAAAUGCUUAUGUGGCUUAUGUCAGCUGGGUUUGAAGAGGAAAUGGGGAUCCGUGCUCUGAAGCACACCAACAGCCGCAGUAUCGAGGCCGCGCUGGAGUACAUCAGUAAGAUGAGCUACCCGGACCCAGCCAGGGAGCAAAUGUCCGUGACUGCCAACCGCCCCGUCAACGCUGGCAUCAAAGCUUCAGGUGCUUCUCACGUCCAGCAGCCCGUGGUCAGGAGGUCCAGCUGGAAGGGCUCCAAGGAGUCUCUGACCCAGAGACACAGCCCCAUGGGGCUGGAGGGUAUGAUGUACCGCUCCGACAGCCCCGGCCCCCAGGGGGAGCUGUCGGCCCGGGGCCCGCCCCCCGCCUUCCCCCAGGGUCACCACGGCAACGGCCAGCGCGGCAACCCGCACCUGCAGCCUCAGGUGCGCAGCGUCACGCCGCCGCCCAACUGGGACAGCAACCCGUCGACCAAGCGCUACUCCGGCAACAUGGAGUACCUCCCCCGCGUCUCCCCGGUGCCCCAGGGCGCCCGGCCCCAGGACGGCUACCCCGGCGCCGCCCCGCCCAACCAGCGCGGCCUCAGCCCCGUGCCCCUCGGCCGGCAGCCCAUCAUCAUGCAGAGCUCGGCGGGCAGCAAGUUCACCUUCCCCCCCGGCUGGGCCCAGUCCCCGCAGACGGACUACGUCGCCGGGGGGGGCGGUGGCCGCCAGCCGCCUCCGCCGUACGCGGCCCCGCAGGGCAGCCGCCACAGCCCCACCGACCAGGGGCAGGGCGGGGGGCCGGCCUCCUCGCCCUCCUACAUGAACGGGGGCAACCUCCCCCCGUCCAUGCUGGUCCCCAGCCGCAACAGCCACAACCUGGACAUGUACAAUCCCCAGUCCUGGUCCCAGGCCCCGCCGCAGUCCUCCCCCAACGGCAACACCCAGCAGGACCUGUCGCCCUCCUGGCAGCAGAACAUGCCCACCCGCUCCAACUCCUUCAACAGCCACCAGCUGGGCGGCCGAGCGGCGGGCUCCCAGCCGUCUGCCACCACGGUCACCGCCAUCACCCAGGCCCCCAUCCUGCAGCCCGUCAAGAGCAUGCGCGUCCAGAAGCCAGAGCUGCACACCGCCGUGGCGCCCACACACCCGCCCUGGAUGCAGCAGCCGCAGCAGCAGCAACAACAGCAGCAGCAGCAGCAGCAGCAGCAGCAACAACAGCAGCAGCAGCAACAACAGCAACAGCAACAGCAGCAGCAGCAACAACAACAACAACAACAACAACAACAACAACAGCUCCAUCAGCAGCAGCAGCAACAACAGCUUCAGCAGCAGCAGCAACAGCUCCAGCAGCAGCAGCAGCAACAACAGCAGCACCAACAACAACAACAACAGCAGCAACAGCAGCAGCAGCAGCCAUCCCCCCUUCUUCAUCCUACAAAUGGCUACCCAGAUCCGCCCGCCCCCACAGCUCAGAACCCGGUGGUAGCGGAGGUCCCCAGCUACCAGGGCCCCCCUCCCCCUUACCCAAAGCACCUGCUCCAGCAGCCGGCCCCCGGCCCGAGCCCCCCGUCGUUCGAGCCCGGCGGCGCCUCGAGGCUCGGGGCCGGGAGGGAGGAGCCGGCCGAGCAGGAGGGAGCGGGAGACGGUGGCGGCGGGGGCGGCGACAGGGCCCCCGAGGGCCCAGACGGCGGCAGCAGCAAAGGCAGCUCCUCCGGGGCGGAGAGCAAGGAGCGCAAGCAGAUCACCACGUCCCCCGUGCCGGUGCGCCGCAACAGCAAGAAGGACGAGGAGCCGCGCGGCGACUCGGCCCGGGUGCCGCUGUACUCGCCGCAGGCCUUCAAGUUCUUCAUGGAGCAGCACGUGGAGAACGUCCUCAAGAACCACCAGCAGCGCAUCCGCCGCCGGAAGCAGCUGGAGAGCGAGAUGCAGCGGGUGGGCCUGUCCCAGGACGCCCAGGAGCAGAUGCGCAUGAUGCUGAGCCAGAAGGAGUCCAACUACAUCCGCCUGAAGCGCGCCAAGAUGGACAAGUCCAUGUUCAAGCGCAUCAAGACCCUUGGCAUCGGCGCCUUCGGCGAGGUGUGCCUGGCGCGCAAGGAGGACGCAGGCACGCUGUACGCCAUGAAGACGCUGCGCAAAAAGGACGUGCUGCUGCGCAACCAGGUGGCCCACGUCAAGGCGGAGCGCGACAUCCUGGCGGAGGCGGACAACGAGUGGGUGGUGCGCCUCUACUACUCCUUCCAGGACCGGGACAACCUGUACUUUGUCAUGGACUACAUCCCCGGCGGCGACAUGAUGAGCCUGCUGAUCCGCCUGGGCAUCUUCAAGGAGGAGCUGGCGCGCUUCUACAUCGCCGAGCUCACCUGCGCCGUGGAGAGCGUGCACAAGAUGGGCUUCAUCCACCGCGACAUCAAGCCCGACAACAUCCUGAUCGACCGCGACGGCCACAUCAAGCUCACCGACUUCGGCCUCUGCACCGGCUUCCGCUGGACGCACGACUCCAAGUACUACCAGAGUGGGGACCACGUCCGACAGGACAGCAUGGACUUCAGCAAGGACUGGGAGGACCCGGCCAACUGCCGCUGCGCCGACCGCCUGAAGCCACUGGAGCGCCGGAAGGCCCGGCAGCACCAGCGCUGCCUGGCCCACUCGCUGGUGGGCACGCCCAACUACAUCGCCCCUGAGGUGCUGCUCCGGAUAGGUUACACCCAGCUGUGUGACUGGUGGAGUGUGGGCGUCAUACUCUAUGAAAUGGUGGUGGGGCAACCACCAUUCCUGGCCACCACACCUCUUGAAACCCAGCUGAAGGUCAUCAACUGGCAGAGCGCGCUGCUCAUCCCGGCCCAGGCCCAGCUGAGCGCCGAGGCCUCGGACCUCAUCGUCAAGCUGUGCCGCGGCCCCGAGGACCGGCUGGGCAAGAACGGCGCCGACGAGAUCAAGGAGCAGGCCUUCUUGGCCUCGGUGGACUUCAGCAGCGACCUGCGGCAGCAGCAGGCGCCCUACGUGCCCACCAUCGCCCACUGCACCGACACGUCCAACUUCGACCCGGUGGACCCCGACAAGCUGUGGAGCGGCGGCAGCAGCGACCACAACGACACGCUGGCCGGCUGGUUCCGCAACGGCAAGCACCCGGAGCACGCCUUCUACGAGUUCACCUUCCGCCGCUUCUUCGACGACAACGGCUGCCCCAAGCCCAUCGAGGGCGAGGAGUACGGGAUCGAGGGCGAGGAGUACGGGGUCGCCGAGGGCUCGGACCCAGAGGGGGAGGAGCCGCCGCCGCCGCAGGGAGAGGGGGGCCAGGAGGGAGGCAGUCCGGGGGGACAGGAUCUGGUGUACGUGUAGCACUGUGGCAUGAGGGGGGGGCGUCUCUUCUGUAACCCCCUCUGUGUGUGUGUGUGUGUGUGUGUGUGUGUGUGUGUGUGUGUGUGUGUGUGUGUGUGUGUGUGUGUGUGUGUGUGUGUGUGUGUGUGUGUGUGUGUGUGUGUGUGUGUGUGUGUGUUGCUUUUUAGCAUUAAAAACAUGGCGCAUAAGAAAGCUCCUUUUGAACAGACUUUUUCGGAGAACGCACAUGAAAACCUUGGUGGGGAGCCCAGGGGGUCGUCCUGUUUGUUGUCCACACAGGGUUGAAGUGAACACAGAAAAUACGCUCUUAUAAGAAACGUGUUGCCCUUUCCCAAGCCUUAAUUUAUUCAACAAACGGUACCUAGUGAUUCUUUUGUUUUAGAUGCUGUGUUAAAGUAUGGGUGAAUCUAGUUGGGGUUUAUUUAGUGGAAUCUGCUGUAUUUGAAAAUUGUCUUUUUAAUUUAUUUUUCAAGACUGUUGCAAUAGUGGGAUGUAGCGCUAGGACUAGUAGAAUCUUUUCAGGGAUAAAUAACACUUUAAUUCUCCAUAGCCUUGCCUUUUUGAUCUCCUGUCUUUGACCAAAUACCUUUGGGUGGGGGGAAUAAUAAUAAUCUCAAUGGCAUUCUAAAUAAUGAGUCUUUAGAUAGUUGAACUAGAAACUUGUUUUAUUUUUAUUUCUAAUUUAUACUUAAUGUAUUUAUAAAUGAUGUUUGUAUACAGUUAAUGUAAAUAGAUUUAUUGUUUCCUUUGUAGGGCAGGCCCUCUUUAGUGUCUCACUGCACCAGCCUCAGUUUUCUCUCAGUUUAGGACAAAAUACACCAUUAUGUUAUUUCAUUCUACUUCAUAUUGUGUACCAAUAGGAUAUCUGGGGGCUGUUUUAUAUAUUUUUUACAUCCAUGUAGCAACUUUCCACUUACCAGAAGCACUCUUUUUUUUUUUUUUUUUUUACAAAUUGUCAGAACAAAACAUAUUCCCAAUUGGAUCCUCACUUGCGCAUGAACACCACACUGUUGGAUUAGGAAAUGAAUUCCAGAGCUUCAACAUUUGGAUUAGAUAUGCUUUCUUUUCUUUAGCCACUUGCUGGAGACUGCGUGAGAUACGUGUUAGCAAUAUAAAGGCUUGAGAAAUGUGUAGGUACAUGGGAGUUAGAAGGUUGGUUUGGUGAACUUGCAAUUUAGGACCGAGCCCUCAUGUACUUCUUACUACUACGUAAGGCGUCUAGUAAAGUGUGGUGCUUUGGUACUUAGGAAGGGAUAUCUGAAAGUAGCUCUGCAAUGUUAUGGCCAAUGGCUCAUGUCAUGUACAAGUGGAAAUAUGUGUACGAGAGAUGCACGCUGGGAACUUGGCUGUGGGGAAGAGGGUGACGAAUAAAUGAUGGAAAAAAUAAAUUAAGUCUCUUGA